AUGUUUCAAGUGCCACAUACAUUCUUAACCCUGACCUGGCAGUGCCUGUGUAAUGCUCCGCAUUUGGCAGACUACUUCAACCGAAACUGUUACCAGGAUGAUAUUAAUCAGUCAAAUUUAUUGGGGCAUAAAGGUGAAGUGGCUGAAGAAUUUGGAAUAAUCAUGAAAGCUCUGUGGAUGGGGCAGUAUAGAUAUAUCAGUCCAAAAGACUUUAAAAUCACCAUUGGGAAAAUUAACGAUCAGUUCGCAGGGUACAACCAGCAAGAUUCCCAGGAACUGCUCCUGUUCCUCAUGGAUGGUCUCCAUGAAGAUCUAAACAAAGCUGAUAAUCGGAAGAGACAUAAAGAAGAAAAUAAUGAUCAUCUCGAUGACUUUAAGGCUGCAGAAUAUGCUUGGCAAAAGCACAAGCAGCUCAAUGAAUCUAUUAUUGUCGCACCUUUUCAGGGUCAGUUCAAAUCCACAGUACAUUGCCUCACCUGUCACAAAAAGUCCAGGACUUUUGAGGCCUUCAUGUAUUUGUCUCUACCACUAGCAUCCACAAGUAAAUGUACGCUUCAGGAUUGCCUUAGAUUAUUUUCCAAAGAAGAGAAACUUACAGAUAACAACAGAUUCUAUUGCAGUCAUUGCAGAGCUCGCCAUGACUCCUCAAAAAAGAUAGAAAUCUGGAAACUGCCACCUGUGCUGUUGGUGCAUCUGAAACGUUUUUCCUAUGAUGGCAGGCGGAAGCAAAAGUUACAGACAUCUGUGGACUUCCCAUUAGAAAAUCUUGACUUGUCACAGUAUGUCAUUGGCCCAAAGAACAACUUGAAGAAGUAUAACUUGUUUUCUGUUUCAAAUCACUACGGCGGACUGGAUGGAGGCCACUACACUGCCUACUGUAAAAAUGCAGCAAGACAGCAGUGGUUCAAGUUUGAUGAUCAUGAAGUUUCUGACAUCUCUGUUUCUUCUGUGAAAUCUUCCGUGGCUUACAUCCUCUUUUAUACUUCACUGGGAUCACGAGCAACUGAUGUAGCCACAUAAGGAUGUGGCUCAUGACGUAGGUGAUGAGCUAGUUACUUUUUAAAAGGCUCAGCAACGCAACUCUUGAAAUACUUACAAAGGUAAUGGAUAGGUAAAGCUGGACAUGUAGAGGAAUUCUGGAACCGUAAGAGCUGUGUUACUAGCCCUAUAGAAGUCAGACCAGUGCUACUAUCAAAAAGA